CAGACAAGGCCGGACAGUGCGCCCUGCGGACACUGCGCAAAUGGGGCUCUCCAUGGACCGCAGCCCAUACUCCCGCACGGGGGACAGGGAUCGCGGCUGCUGGUACUACCUGCGCUAUUUCUUCCUCUUCGUGUCGCUCAUCCAGUUCCUCAUCAUCCUGGGCCUGGUCCUCUUCAUGAUCUAUGGUAAUGUGCACGCCACCACCGAGUCCAGUCUGCGGGCCACGGAGAUCCGCGCCGACAACCUAUACAGCCAGGUGGUGGGACUGUCGGCCGCACAGGCUAACCUGAGCAAACAGCUGAACAUCAGCACCCUCGUCAAGGAAACCGUCAUGCAGCAGCUGCUGACCACGCGGCGCGAGGUGGAGCGCAUCAACGCCAGCUUCCGCCAGUGCCAAGGCGACCUGAUCACCUACAUAAACUAUAAUCGGUUCAUCGCCGCUAUCAUCCUGAGCGAGAAGCAGUGCCAGGAACAGCUGAAGGAGGGCAACAAGACCUGCGAAGUCUUGCUCUUCAAGCUGGGAGAGAAGGUUAAGACACUGGAGAUGGAGGUGGUCAAGGAGAAGGCGGUGUGCUCCAAGGACAAGGACAGCCUGCUGGCAGGAAAGCGGCAGGCGGAAAUGCAGCAGGAGGCCUGUGGCAAAGCCCGAGAGCAGCAAAAGCAGGACCAGCAGGUGACCGAGGAGCAACUGCGCAAGGUGCAGUCCCUGUGCCUCUCCCUGGACCAGGAGAAGUUCCAGGCGGACGUGCUGAACGUGUGGCGGGAUUCGCUGGUCUACCGUUCCCUGGAUAAUAUAGGCUACCACUACUCGCUGAUGCCGGAGUUCUCAUCCCUUCGCCGAACAUGCGAGAGCCUGCCCGGGAUCAUGACCACCAAGGUAGAAGAGCUGGCGCGCGGGUUGCGCGCGGGCAUUGAGCGCGUGACCCGUGAAAAUGGAGAGCUGCGACGCCAGAAGCUGGAGCUGGAGCGCGCGAUACAGGGCGAGCGGGAGGCGCGGACGCGCGCCGGGACCCAGGCGCAGGCUCGAGAGACCCAGCUACGGACGGAGUGCGCGCGCCAGACGCAGCUGGCUCUGGAGGAGAAGGCAGCGCUGCGGACACAGCGGGACGACCUGGAGCGCCAGCUGGAGGCGCGGAAGCGGGAGCUGGAGCAACUGCGCACCGAGGUGGAUGUGCGCAUUAGCGCGCUGGACACCUGCGUCAAGGCCAAGUCGCUGCCAGCCAUCCAGCCGAGACUCCCAGCUCCACCCCCCAACCCUCCACCCAUUGAUCCAGCUAGCCUGGAGGAAUUCAAGAAAAGGAUCCUAGAGUCGCAGCGGCCCCCUCUAGUCAACCCUGCUGUCCCACCCAGUGGCUGAGGAUGAAGCUGCUGCCGGACACUGGGCACCAGAAUCGCCCACCCGUGGAUGGGGGCAGCCAGAUGCCCACAGUGCUGGACACCCGCUGUGCCCCGCCAGGGACCUCCACCCCCACACCUCCUCUAGCACCCCUUCACUGUCCCCUGCACCCCACUGUCCUCCCAGACACUGGAUUUAAGGCACAGGCAGCUGUGAGGUGACGUCACAUCGCCCCCUUCGCACAUGAAGCGCCCACAGCUCAGCUGCCUAGGCACCUCCUCCGGUUUCCUAUCACUCUACUCCUGACCCGGGAGGUGAGAACAGGAAGCCCGGCCUUCAGCUCCCCUGGGAGUUUCCAGCCUCUCUCUUAAAGGCCCCUAGGGUUUCCAGGUCCUCCUUGAGAGUUUCCAGGCCUCUCCUGAAGGGUUCUUGCCCCCAUUCCCGCAGGAUUUUCAUUGGGUUC